GAACCAGGAUUAUUUACGAUCGGAAAUUUUUGAUGGAGUGUCGCAAUUCUCCGGUUGCCAAAACGCCACCGUCCCACCUUCCGGACAUUCCAGGUGUUACGAGCCCGAAUGUGGAAGAGUUAAAGACUGAGAACAACCACGUCCAAAACUGUGAUGAGAAAGCGAGCACGGGCGAGGAAGAGCAGUUUGACAUGGACAUCUAA